AUGAGUCAUGACUCUCCUUUUCACCUCCACACAGCCGGCGAGGACUACCGGGCGGUCAGUGAGACGCUUCGGUUCGGCCCUGGUCAGACCCAGGCCACCGUCCAGCUCCUGGUGCUCGACGACCCGGGCCGUCCGCGCCGCGAGGGACCCGAGCACCUUCAGCUACUGCUUCGGCUGCCGACGAACUCCACCGUCGGGCGGCCCGGCACACUCAACGUCACCAUUGACGAUUCGGAGAGCGACCUCCCCACCCACGCGUUCGCCGAGGACUCGUACUCGGGGUUCGAGGAGGACGACCAGGUGACGGCGUACGUGGUGCGUGGCGGUGACGUCACUAUGACGUCAUCUGUGCGCUGCUACACGCGCCAGGGAUCGGCCGAGGCUGGCGCCGACUUCGAGGAGCGGCCAGACACGGAUGCUAGUCGGCUGGAGUUUGCGCCAGGGGAGACGGAGAAGCCGUGUCCGGUGAUCCUGAUCAACGACCACACCCACGAAUCGGCCGAGACGUUCCGUCUGGCACUGGGGGAGGCGCGCGCCGGCGGCGGCCCGGCGCUCCUGGGACUCAGGAACACCACGGAGGUCACCGUGCGUGAUACGGCUGACAUACCUCUGAUCAAGUUCGAGUCGCGUCGUGUGCGGGUCACCGAGCCGACCAUCGCUCAGGAACCGGUGGCGGCACGGGUGGCCGUGGUGCGACUUGGCGACCUUAGCGGUACAUCUGUCGUCCGACUGUACACCAGAGACGGCUCGGCACGCGCCGGACAGGACUACCAUGGCGUCUCCAGAGAGCUGGAGUUCGCAGUGAACGUGUCUCGAUUGGUAGUUCCCGUGGAAAUCCUCUAUGACCGGGACCGGGAGCAUCGCGAGGCCUUCUCUGUCCAUCUGACUGAGGACCAGAGAGGUGUGGCCAACGUGACGCAGGACAGGGCCGUCGUCUAUGUCGAGGAGGUGGAGGUGGCCGCCGAUGUCACGUUCCCGGCCCCGCCACUGGUCGUAUCGCUCCAGGACUACGGGGACGUUCCCGCGGCACUGGAGGCACUGCUGGCCGGCUAUCCGGUAGUCUGUGUCACCGCGUGUGACCCGGCGCACCCCGAGUUCGCCCGUCUGGGCCCGCUGUGUGCCCGGGAGGGGGUGGACAAUAAUCACACCGUGUACCGGUGGAUGGUGGCCUCCCCCGCGCCACCCGGCCAGCCGCCGCGGCCGCUCCGACAACUCACCGCAGCCGUGUUCUUCGCAGGCACCUCUGAGCGUACUCUGGACUCUGUCUAUGUACCGGUCGGCGGUCGGGUGCAGUGUGCGGCGCGCGCGGCGGACGCGGCCGGCCGGCCCGGCGCCGAGCUGCUCUCACAGCCUGCAGAGGUGGACGCUGCCAGAGGACUGUGUGAGCCGCGACUGGCGGGGACCAUCGGGGCUGAGCCUUUUACGGCGAAACUCAAAUACACCGGCGCUGACGACCCGACCCACCCUCACAAGGUGCGAGUCACCGUGCUUAUCCCCCACGUGGACGGUCUGCUCCCGGCGCUCUCCACGCGACCUCUCAACAACUUCGACCUCACGCUGAGUAGCCGGGCGGCACGGCUCGGUAACCACCGCUGCUCGAACCUGCUGGACGCUGGUGAGGUCCGCACCGGCGCCGGGUUCAUCACAAACGCCACGGCCGCGCCGGUGACCGCCGCCGCGCCGGUGGCCGCCCACCAGCUGGACGCCGCGCUUCGCCCGGCGCGCACGCUGCGCUUCUACCGCUCGCUGGACUGGCAGGGCUGCGUGUGGCGGUUCGAGGCCGAGUACUCGGUGUCGGAGCUGGUGUCGGUGUGCGGGGCACGGAUCGGCGCCGCGCCGGCCCACGACGGUCUGCUCCAGUCGCUGGUGGCUCUGACGGUGCCGCUGUAUGUGAGCUAUGUGUUCCUGGCGCCGGAGACACCCGACGGGUGGCAGCAUAGUGACAUGGCCACGCAGCUGAGGCUGACGUUUGCGUACGACACAUCUGUCCUGUGGUCGGAGGGGAUCGGACCGCCGUCCCUCUCCCCUGCCGGUGGUCAGCUCCACCCCACCGGUAUGAGGCUCAGAGAGGACGGCCGGCUGGCGGUCACCUUCCGAACAGAGGCCGCCUUCAGGGGAAUGUUUGUACUGGAGCACCAGGCGCUGAGCGGUGUACGCUCUCGGGUGACGAGUAACGACCACACGGAGAUGUCGUUCACGCUGCGUCUUACCCACUCGGAGCCCACGUUCGAGCAGCCCACCCAGCAGUGGGAGUUCGUCUCCGACUUUGCCGCGCGCGACUACUCUGGCAACUUCAGCGUGCUCCUGGUGCCCUGCCUGGCCGAGGAGGCUGUUCUGUUCUCUGAGCCGCCCCGCUGCAACCCGGCGCCGCCCACCGAGUUUGACCUGCUCGUCAGGUUUCAGCAGGUCAGUGACCCCGUGCCGGCCCAGUUCUCCCUGAACACCCAGUUCCACGUGAUGAAGAAGAGGGAGGCCUGGCUGUCGGCCGACCCGACCCGACUGGGGACCAGCGACGCCGACGUGGCCUUCGCGCCCGGCGAGCGGGUGCUGGGCAGGAUCAUGGUCGACCCCGUCCAGUACCUGGGCGGGUCGUUCCACCUCUCCAUCGACAAGUGUUUCCUCUGUGUCGGCGCCGACGGCUACGUGCCAAAGUUUAGCCCCGAUACAGACGAGUUUGGCUGUGUGGUGCACUCGGAGAGCCUGCUGCAUCACUUCAAAAUACUGGAUCGCGAUGACCCGAGCUCUGUGAUCGCCACAUUCAAGUCAGUGCCAUUCCAUUCUCGGUUUGUCACAAAUGACGUGGAGGCAGCUGUCUUGCGGAAUCAAACUAACUUCGAUGGGUUUUCCUUUGAGUCAUCACCACUCUUCCAAGUCGCUCAAGGUCGCCACUGGUUCAUCCACUGUAUUUACGAAAUUCAGUCCGCCAAGGACAGCGUGUAUCGGCAGAGGCGACACGUGCUGACCUCUACGGACACUGUGAGUACUAAAGCUUCUGUGGCCGUCCGUCGGGUCGCGCGCGAUGCGCCGGUGGACGGGAUCGGUCGCGGCGGGCGCGGUACCAACAUGCACGUGCUGUCGCUGGACUACAGCGCUGCUGCGGCUGCCGGCGAAGGGCGCGGGCCGGACAGCGGUGAGCUGCUGCUGAUUCUGGGCGGUCUAAUGCUGGGCGUAGUGUCCUCCCUGCUGCUGGGUCUGCUGGUGCGGCGCCGCUGGCUCUCCAAGCCACGACCAGCGGCGGCCGGUGCCCCACACACCACCCUCCACACCACCGCCUACAGUUCACUGCACGGUCGAGAGAUGUCACUGCUGUCUUCCCACCCCCACAAACUACCAGCGGGGGACCGGUACAGCGAGUACGAGCCUCUCUCGCCGACCUCCAGCUGUGUGACGAUCUCGGCACGGUCCCAGGCGUCCACAGGGGUGGGCCGGCCGGCACUGUGGAGCUCUGCCUCCGGGCUGCGCUGGGGCGAGCCGCUGGAGCCUCCCGUGUGGGGCGGUGGAGGACUGAGACCCGGGCGGCCGGUGGUGGGCUCCGGGGUACCGCGGGUGCUCAGAGAGUACCUGUAUGAUGAGGACUGCUCAGAGGUGUAGAUGAGGUCGGGCUCUCUGGACCUGGGGGCAGCGCUGGGGAGGGGAGCGGGUGACGCAAGUGGCGACUUACCAAGAAAAGCCGCCAGCCAUGGACCAUUGGACCAAUGUUGGGCCCGAGUUUGACAUGAGAGCUUGAUGGCCGAUAGUACUGCCGUUUUUAUUUUCGUAUGUAUGUAUUUGUUGUCAUUGAGUGGUUCAGUACAGUGAAUGAUUGUUCAACAGCAUUCCGAUAUCUGAUACUUAGCGAUAGUUUUGAUAGUUAUGAUGACUUUGCUCUUCGGCACAUUGAUAAUGAUCACUCAGCUGUUUUGGAGAUUGGUAGAAUUCAUCUGCUCAUUUAGAUAUGUUUCAUGCUUGUCCUACCGUAUCGUUUUAUUUGCAUCGUCUCACGGCUGGGAAUUAUCAUUUUGAUUUGUGUUUGUUAUUUGUACCGUUUUACAUUGCUAAGUUAUGAUAUUUAUUGUAGCGAUGUUACGUGUUGUUGGCGAUGGACGUGUCGGGAUAAAUAUGUAUAAACCGACUCUUCCCUUUUUGUAUAAAAUACAUGUUUUCUAAUCCGUC